UCCAAAAUUAGAACUGUGCUGCGGACUGUAGAAUGUGGGAAUUUUUUUUACCAUUAGUAAGUAUGGUUUAAACAAAAACAAGUCGUCGUUAGCUGAGGAAAACUACUGUCCAAGAUGUCUAGUCAUGCUAAGAUGAAGAAGAAGAAGAAGUUCAGGGUUAUGAGCCAGAAAGUUAAAGUCUUUCGCUCCAAAAAUCCGCUUCUCAGUGUUUUGAUGUGGGGAGUCAGUCAUUCGAUCAACGAACUCUCGCAUGUGAAUAAUCCAGCCAUGCUAAUGCCAGACGAUUUUAAAGCGUUCACAAAACUUCGCGUGGACAAUCACCUCUUCAACAAAGAAAAUUUUCCAAGCCAUUUCAAGUUCAAAGAAUACUGUCCUUUAGUCUUCAGACAGCUUCGGGAACGUUUUGGUAUUGAUGACAGCCAUUAUGCCGCUUCCUUUCAGAGUCCUCCCUUAGUCAUGCCCUCACCUGGUCGAAGUGGUGCCAAAUUCUUUAUUUCCAAAGACAAAAGGUUCUAUGUGAAAACAAUAGAGAGUGAAGAUAUUGAAAGACUUCACAACAUUCUUCCACAGUACCAUCAUUAUAUUGUUGAGAAACAUGCCAAAACACUGUUGCCCCAGUACUUGGCUGUGUACCGGAUCACAGUGGAUAACAAGGAGACCUACCUUUUAGUAAUGAAGAGUGUGUUUAGUUCUAAGUUUAAAAUUCACAAGAAGUAUGACUUAAAAGGUUCUACAGUUGACAGACAAGCAAGUACUAAAGAAAAGACAAAAGAAAAUCCUACAUUCAAGGACAAUGAUUUCACAAAAGAUAAUGCAAAGCUUCGUAUUGGGGAUGAAGUGAAGAAAGACUUACUACAAAGAGUCAAGGAUGAUGUUGAGUUUUUGACAAGUCUUAACAUCAUGGACUAUAGCUUGCUGGUAGGAAUUCAUGAUGCUGAUCUUGCGGAGGCAGGAAAUGAUGUGGAUGAUUUUCUGGGGGGUGUAGACAGUAAUGAAGAUAGCGAGCCAGAGUCUCCUCGUGAAGGUGACUCACCCCAGGAAUCUGACUCCCCGGGUGAGGCAGAGAUGCUGUACUCUGAUACACCUCCAACAACUCCUCCUGCUAACUGUGAUGAUCACAGAGAGAGAAAUAUCAGCUAUGGAAGCACUGAUCUUGAUAUGAGAGAGGAUGAGGAUGACACAGAGGGCUUUCAAAGUGUAGAUGAAAACAGACGCGAGUGUUAUUACCUUGGUAUCAUAGAUGUGCUAACAUUUUAUGGUGCUGGAAAAAAGGCUGCUCAUGCUGCGAAAACUGUUAAACAUGGGGCAGGAGCAGAAAUUUCUACAAUAAAACCGGAAAAUUAUGCAAGGAGAUUCCUGGAGUUAAUGGAGAGAAUAUUCGAAUAGAUGUAUUAAGAGUAAUUUUUAAGCAAAAAUAUGCAGUACGUACACAAAUGUACAAUCAACUAGUCAAUCACUAGCAUUGUCAACCCUUUGAAAUCCAAAGCUCCAAAAUGUAAAAAUUAAAUUUAAUUGUUAUUUUUAAUUUUAUGACUUAUCACAGUUGCAAAUAUUAAUUUUCAUAUUCAGAUUACAUCUAGUAUUUUGUUGUUUUUCUUUUGACACCUUUAAAAUUGUUAACUAAAACAAUCCUUUCAUAAUGUAGUUGGGAGGGGGUUUAUUAUAUUUUCUAGCUGUUAUUUGACCCCUUCUGUAACAACUGGUUUUAGCAUUGGCAUUUUCACUUAGUUAGAAGUAGAUUGUUAAUAAAAUCAUUACUUUUAUCUGCUAGGAAAAAUUUUAUCUCAGUCAGAAGUAGUUGUUCUACUAAAUGCAAAGAAUGGUGAAUAAUUUUUUUCAUGUGACACAUAUGAGUUAACAUACUCCUGCCAAAAUGUUUUAAGGAUUGCGUUAGUUUUCUUAAUUUAUUCACCUAUGGAGGUUAUAUUGUUUUGAUCCAAUGAUGAAACAAUCUGUUUUCCUACGUGGGAGGAGGAAUUUUCCCAAGAUCCAAAUACAGUUAAUUUAAGGGUGAUCACAACACAAGUUAAGUCUCAAGUUUAAAUCAGUUAUAGAUGAGUUUCUUUUCUUGACCAGCCAACUUUAAUGCCUACUGGAGCAGGUUUGCUUCAAGUGCAGUUUCUUAAAAGAAGCUGCAGUGGUUUUGGUGCAAGGGGGAGGUAGGGGAGCAAUAGAUUGCAAUUGUUAAAACUUGAGGGGGUCUUAUGGACUUGUGUCAGUGUACCACUAUAAUUUUAUCUGAUAUAUCUCUAACCUUUCUUUAAUGAAAUGUGUGUUAUCCCAACUAAUUUAUUUCUCCCAAAUUAUUUUACACUGAACAUUCUGGAUGAAAAGACUAGAUGAAAAUAUCUAAAUUUUAAAAUGAUCAGUUGCCUUUUUCAGCUCUCUUUAAUCUCUACAGGUUAAUUUGGGUAUUUUUCUCUUUUUAUACUAAAUAUUUCAAUUUCAAGUUUAUUAUGGCCUUGGCACAAUCGUACACAGAAGACAUUUGCAGGGUUUCCCUUAAUCUGAGGUUAAUUUAUUUUCCCAUUUCAGUGAGAAUAUGACCUACUAGUACAUUUACAAUGACUCUAGCGCAGGUUUUACAUUUCAGGCACUUGCUAGCCAGUAUUUAAGCCUUUUUCUUAAUGUUAAGAUUUUAACUAUAAUAUUUUGUCCUUCAUGUUUCGGUUUAGAAAAAAAUUGUGUAACUUGACACCAACGUAUUUGAGAGCCCCUAUUCUGAUGUUUUUUAAUAAACCACUCUUUCUUUGGUUUUGAAACUCAGUGUUCCUUGGUCUUUUUAAGGUUUCAAAAUAUAUUUAUUCACUGGAUGUUUUGAUCUUGAUAAAAUUAACUUUUUAACUGGUAAACUUCAAGCAGUACUGUAUGCAUCAUCAAAAGGGAAUUUCCUAUUGUUGAAAUAUUUGUUAAAAUGUACAAAAAAACAAUUUCUGAUGCUUGUAAGUGCU